AUGACCGCCGCACUUGAACCUUCUAUUGGGUAUGUCAAAAGAGAGAGCAAAUCGAUGUAUCCAGCAGCGCUCAAGUCUAUGAUCGGGAGCACGGCUCGGCCAAUUUUUCUUGGAGAGCUUACGGGAGAUCAGCUGCGAAUAUUGUCAGAGCAUGGUCUUAGAGAGGCUUAUUCUACUCCUUUUAUUCGCUACGAGAAGCAAAUGGAGGAAGAGGAGAAGGGUCGAAACCGCGAGUAUGAAGAGAGUAUAAAAAAGAUGAAAGACAGUAUGAAACAAGAUGAGAGGCAGCUCAAGCGAUUCAUUUCUCUCUCAGUUCGUGACUGCUACUCGCAUUUGUAUCCGUCACUGUGGAUAUCUGGAUUCACGCCUGACAAUGAAUCCCUAAACUGGGGACAUUUACGAGAGAAAUAUAUUGAACUCGAAAACGUACCCCAAUCGAUUAGGAAGAAUCUUGCAGUUGGAAAUAUUGAUGACCCGGAGUUCAAAGAUUUGAAGCUUGCCUGGCACACGAUUCAAGACUAUCUGCUGCAGGACCCGACCCCUUCCCCCGCUCUACAGGCUGAGUUUAUUGCAGAAGUUCUAGGGAGCCCCUCGGAUGGCGAGUGGACUGUUGUAACCAAAGGAAAAGGAAGCAAACAUGCUCCCAAGCUUAGUUGGAAAGGGGUCAAGAAGGUAGUCUUUGACUUUUUUGGUUACAAAGCGGAGCCCCCGGCCACCCUGCUCUCAGAUAUGGAGUUUAUUCGCGCGCUCAGGUCACUUGCAGAUAAGUUCCCUGUCACUUCUGCACUAACAGAUCGAAUUACGACCUGCUUGAAAACCUAUCUGUCUACUUUGAGCGAAAGAUUGGUAAAGAGCUGUUUGGAAAAGGUAGAAGAAGAGGAAGAAAGGCGUCUUAAGGAUUUGAUCGAUCGUCAGCGUCAGCACCGGUUUCGAACUGAAUCUUCAGCAACUGAACGGAGAUUGCUCAACGACUUGAGAGUCGCUAUGGCAUCCAAUAACCCAUUUAUACAUCUGGUCCGCGACAAAUGUCUAGUGAUCAUCGCGGGGCCUAGUCAAUUCGAUUUAUACAUCGAGGAUAAUCUUCGUCUCCCACGCGUAAUUGCACAAAACCACCCAAAACGCUCGUUCAAAUACGAUCGUCUUGGAGAUCUAAGCCAGUGCAGGUUUGCUUUUGACGAGAGCACCCGUUUACUCGCAUUGUUUCAUAACUCAGACACCAAGGGCCCUGAACUCACUAUGUUUGGCUUCGAUGAGACCUUCACAAAUGUCCACCUUCGUGGUUCGCCGUUCGUCCUCAAGGAUUGGUAUGAAAACGAAGUGCAUGUUGACAGAAUCUGUUUUGUGAGCGGUACCGAGGAGAUUUGUUUGAUUGAGACAUCUGGUCAAGCGCGUGUGCUCUCAAUGGUAACACUGAAUUUUCGACCAGCAUCGAUUCAGAUAUCGGGCCGAAUCCUUGACGCAUUUUCUGCGCCUGAUGGUUCUUGCUUACUGGUCUUGGUUAUGGAAGAACCCAAUACAUCAGCUGGGCAAAAACUAUUAGUCUUUCACUGGGCCUCUUUUGGUGCGACUCAGAACGGUAUCAACCCAAUCGUUCUUCCCCCUCUACUUUUGGCCGAAGACUAUGGAGAUAGUGUCUACGGUUCUUCAAAUCAAACAGAAGAUGACCGAAUUUUCCUUCCGUUCAAACCAGGCCGCACCGACGACUGCAUCCACCGAGACGUAGCCCCUGCCGUCAUUCGUUCGAAGCUUUUCUCUCUUGGUCGCGAAUCGCGGAAACUGGUUUUUGCAUCUGCUUCAAGCAUGGUGCCUAUGAAUAGUUAUUUUUCACGCAUGAUCACCAAGUUCGAAAGAACAACUUGCAAGCCGAUCAAUGCUGAGUUGAAAUUAACCUAUGUCGCGGUCUUUUCUGAUCCACUUCAUAUCUCGUCCAAACUACACAAUGCUCGAGAUAUCAACUUGGCGGUUUCAUCGCUGAGCUCAUGUGCCUCAUACCGCUCCACAAAAGACAAUCGAUUUAUUCCAUUGAAGGACGGAGUUUGUGAUCCGGAGUACGAGCGCUCCUUGCUAGGCGCUGAUGUCCCGGCAAUUAUAGACUCUUUAAGUAUUGGGUGGUACGAAUCCUUGUUCCAGUCGUAUAUGGCAAACAAGCCGGUUAAGGUGGUUAGCUCAAUGGGCGAACAAAGUGUUGGAAAAAGUUAUUGUCUGAAUCAUUUCGCGGACACAUCGUUUGCCGGGUCCGCGAUGCGUACUACAGAGGGGGUCUGGCUCUCAUGUACUCCAACCGAUGACUACUUACUGGUAUCUUUGGACUUCGAGGGAUUUCAUUCAAUCGAGCGCACUCCGCAAGAAGAUGCCCUUCUUGUGUUAUUCAACACUGCAAUCUCAAACUUGGUAUUAUUCCGAAACAAUUUUGCCUUUUCAAGAGAUAUUGCUGGUCUAUUCCAGAGCUUUCAAUCUUCGGCUAUGGUCCUCGAUCCCGAUUCUAGUCCCAGUCUGUUUAACUCCACACUUGCAAUCAUCAUCAAGGACGUUACGGAUUCAGACUCAAAGGAUAUUGUCAAAGAGUUCUCCCUAAAAUUCCAAAGGAUUGUUCAAAAAGAACAGGAGCAGAAUUUUAUUUCGCGACUCCAUCGUGGAAAGGUCCAAAUUAUCCCAUGGCCAGUGAUCAACUCUUCAAGUUUCUACACAUUAUUCAAUCAUCUGCGGCGCUACUUGGAUGGCCAGCCUGUAACUCAUACAAGCGGUGGGAUCUUUCUCCAUAAUAUGAAAACCAUGAUGGCAAAAAUAAAAGCAAAUGACUGGAGUUCGUUGGAUCAAAACUUGGCGACGCAUCGUGCUCAGCAAAUUAACAAGGGAUUAAAUAUCGCACUCAGUCAAGGCUCUGCAGAUACCGACACACACAUGCCUCUCAAAAAUCUGGAUACAGACGAGGACCUCCCGAUAAAUGGGCCAAGCAUUGUCUUUUUUGUUCCAGACGCGUCGGCAACCGCUGUACCAGGCGACGAUACUGAAAAGGAGAAUGCUCUUGAGAAUUUGAUUAACUUCUGUCUUGCAGGUUCAAACAUUGGUUCACGGCAUAUUGUUGGCGACGCGGCCUACAUCCGUUUGAUUCAAGAGCAGCUGUUCAAAUUUCUUGAGCAGCGGCUCGAGUAUGUUCGCUCCUGGGUCCAGGUUAAUGUUCAGCGUUUCCCAGCACAGUUCAACUUUGUACAGAAACCUGUUCUUCUUGUCACUAUCGUUGCAUCAGAUCGUACCGACAUCUAG